UCAACAUCAGUCAACGGUUUCCAUCUGGAUAAUUGUUUGUGUUUGAACUUUUGAAGUUUAUUCCAUUAAUGUUUUGUUUAUGGACAUGAUACACGAUUAGGACUAGAAGAAAAGGCAAAAUUAUAAUGAUAAUUAAUAUCUGAAGGUUUUACCAAUGACUGAUAUUGUUUCGCAAACGACCUUUUUCAAGGAGAGCUUCAUUUAAUGCUGUUAUAAUUCAUUAACAAUUGUAUAAAAUUACAUUACUUACCAGUAACUGCGAAGAUUAUUUAGAUUCAUUAAUAAUGAAUGAUCCACAAAAUUCAAAUGUACCAGAGCCACGCAAAGUCGGUGUUUGGACCGAGGGAGUACCAGCUAUCGACACCAAGCCCAAAGAUAUAGUCAUAUCAAAAAAGUCGCCAGAAAUAUUAGAUGACAUUCCAACAAUACCUGACUUGGAUGACUUACAAGAUAUAUUUGAAAAAGAAUUAUCACAACCUCCAAUCUCAGACAGAAAAGAUAAAGAUACAGUGAAAACAUUAGCUGAAGUAAGUGAUGGUAUCACUGGCACUGCAGAAGGUAUAGAUGCAACUCUUGAAGUUCUUAUGUCACACAUACCAAUACUAGAGCCUGAUUCUGUUGACACAGUAUGGACUGUAGAAAGUUUGUUAACCCAACUUGCUGAAGAAAGUGAACCCUAAAUAUUUUCUCACCCUCAAUAUGAAAAUGUAUUAUUACAAACAUCUAUACAUACAUACAGUACAUAUUAUACUAUGUGGAGUACUCAACAAUUGUUUUCUUUUUGUAAUAAAUUGUUAAAAUGC